UGCGAGGACUCCGGGGAAGUGCAGGCUCCAAUCGACGGACGCCAGAUGACGGGGGUCCCCUAAACGCUGCCUCGAAACUCCCGCCGGCUGUCUUCUGCAUCUUGCUGGUGGUCCGGGCCUGUUAAACUAAAUCGACGGCACCACAAAACCAUUCGAACCGAAUUGUGGCUUUCACUCACCAUGUCGCUCAUUAAAGCCGUCCAGAGAGCUUUCUCUAAGAUGGCACCGGUUUCUUUGGCUGAAAGCUGGGAUAACACGGGCUUGCUGUUAGAAUCCCCAGUGAUCAGACCUUUGGCCAAUAAGGUUCUUCUGACGAUUGAUUUGACACCAAGUGUUGCCGAGGAAGCAUUGGCAAAGGAUUCGAAUGUUGGCGUGAUUGUUGCUUACCAUCCUACGAUUUUUCGGGGUCUCAAGUCGUUGACAUUGGGUGAUCCCCUUCAAGAAAUCAUUUUAAAAUGUGCAUCAGCUGGUAUCAGUGUUUAUUCACCUCAUACAGCACUCGAUUCGGUGAUAGGAGGAAUCAACGACGAACUGUGUGAAAUCGUCUCCGGUCAAAUACCCCACCAGAACAAAAUAUAUUCCGUAUCUGGUGCAAUCGUCGAGAAAAUUCCCGAAAAUGUACUGAGUGGGGUGGGGUUAGGUGGUGGACGCCGAGUCGAAUUCGCGAAAGGAGAAGAGGUCGAUCUGGAUCAGCUUAUCAGUAGAGUUAAAGCAGGCUUGGGAAUUCCUCAUGUCCAAUUAGCAAAGUCAAGUUUUGCGCCUCCAACCAUUCGCUCGGUAGGCGUUUGCGCGGGAUCUGGUGGGUCCAUCUGUUCGGCUUUGGGAAAAUCUUGUGACGCUUUUGUGACUGGGGAAAUGUCACACCACGAGUUACUAAGUGCCAACGCGCGUGGAAUUCACAUCAUUCUUACUGCACAUACGAACACCGAGCGGUUCUUUCUUGCUAAAGUCUUGCAACCUAGAUUGCACGAACUUCUUCUCGAUGAGGCUGCGCAGAUGUCUGAACAUCAAACUCCUCAGUGGGAGGUGGAAGUCAGCGUAGCUGAUCGCGAUCCACUAGUGGUAGCUUAGAAAAGCUAAAACUUCUAAAAAGUCUUUUCUAUUCGUAAAUUUUUUUCUCAAUAAAGCAAAGGUUUUUAUUUCCCGAUCCUGAGAACCGAUGGAGAUUUGAUUUGCAAGCGUGGAAAAAAUAAUGAAUACAU